AAGGCCCAAUUGUCCAGCAACAUGAAGCCCUCCCUCCUGCACCAACUCCUUAGCCACGUAUUUAGCUGCACAAUCUUCCUAUUUCUGGCCUCUCAAACAAGUUUCCUUGCCAGUACAGAUCAUCGGUGCAAUCCAAAACAACGCUCAGAAUGUGGAAAUGAUGAUUUUGUGAUCGUUAUGAAUUCAAAUAUUUGCGAUGUCAGUCCACAAUAUUAAUUGACGUUGACGAAGAAAACUAAAAUAAAAACUGGAAGAUGGACUUUAGACAAUGUCCCUGGAAUGUCACCGGAGCGGUGUAAUAAGGAGCAAGUCCGGCUGGGGACAGUAUACUUCUUACAAGAAAGGGUUGGGUUUGCUGAAAUUACAUUCCCGGGUAUUUCCCGCAUUAGUUUCGGUUUUCGCAGCACACCAUUGACCUCCAUUUCGUAAGACACUUUUCCGAGUGAGCUGCUGGUGAAGAGGCCGCGGGUUACCUGCAAGUUUAACAGCCGUUCAACUUUAAAAAGUUGCAUGUCAGGCAUAAAUCUUCGAUACAGUAGUUAUUUUUGGAAUUGAAACUCGGUAUCGCCACCAUCGUCCUCGCCAUUCAGAUUGAAACAGAAAGCAAGGAAGUUGAAAGUCCAGGAAACAGAAGUCCCCAGACCGCCGAAUCGAUACGAAUUUCGCAGGCUGUCGGGGGGACAGCGUGAGGCGCGUUGGUAAACUCGGCUCCGCGGUUCCUCCACAGGCAGAUGAAGGGAAUACUGGAAAUGGAUUUAAACCUACAGAUAUAUUUUUACUUGGUGCUGUGUGCAAACGUUUACUCUGCACAGGAGUUCGUGACUUUGAAGUGCGAGGAGACGGUGACGGGAAUAUUGAACGAGGACACGAUAUUGCCAUGCAACCUGACAACAUCAAAGCCAAGUAAACUCCUGGACAUUGAAUUGAGAAAAGAUGGAGAUGAUACUCUAGUUUUUAAGUUUGAUGGAAGUCAUAAUCCCAGGAAAGCUCAGGAUCGAAUUAAAUUACUUUCUCCGGAUCAACAAAAUGUAUCGCUGGUACUUCAAAAAACACAACUUUCAGAUAGUGGGAAAUAUAAUUAUUAUUUGGAAACAAAUCUGGGAUAUAAGGACGUUAACAUCGUUUUAGUGGUUAAAGCUCCCUACAGUUUGCCAAAACUGGCCUUAGUUAAUUUGGCAGAAAUGACCAAGGUGGUCACUUGUGAAACAACUGGAUAUCCUUCCGCUCAGAUUCAUUGGACCGUUAAUGGGAAAAACCUCACACUCAGCUCAGAAACCAAAAGAAAAGAAACUGCUCAAGGACUGAUCUCUAUGACCAGCACACUUCCAAUUAUAACGUCAGAAACUGACCAGGAGCAUAACUACACUUGUGCUGUGUGGAAUGAGGCAGAGCAUAAAUAUGAAGCCAGGAACAAUAUCUCAAUUUCAAAUGUGAAUCCAUUAAUUAAUAAUGAACAUAUUGAAGAAAAAAAGAGCAAAUCCCUCACAGCAGUAGGUAUUGUUGUUGGAGGUCUUGCAGCUGGAAUAUUCCUCCUGGGUCUUUUGAAACUCUGGAGAAGGCGCCAACCAGUUCGACAGUUCGUUGAAGAAGCAGGAAAUCAAAUGCUUAAAAAAUUUACUCAGGUUUGAAGACUGCCCCGCUAACUUCGAACUUACAUCGAGGAAUCAUCAUUUGUGAUAUGAUGUCUGAUCUGUCUGAUGUUCUGUUGUGCAACUGUGAAACUUCAACAUCCUUCACAAAGAACUAUGACAUUCCUCUGUAAUAAUUUUUGCUUUCAAGUUGUGCUUUUAAUAAUCUCAGUUCUUGGGUAAAAUAAGAACACAGUUUUAACUCGGGCACUUUGUUGAACUCUUCACCAUUGCUUUUAUCUGAAGUUAAUGGCUUCACAUAUUGAUUAUUAGUGCUUUGAUAAAUCUCAUCAGUGAGAUCAGUCUUGAGUGUCAAGGAGCGACACUGUUUUACACCUGAAAUACUAAGUCUGUACAAAAUCACUAUAAGGCAAUGAAAAGAGCAAAAGCUCUUAAGCUUAGUUGCACUUUGAAAGUUUGCUUCCUGUUGAAUGAAUCCAUUAUGCCAUUCUUCCACUGAGCUGUACUUCUCAGGAACUAAAACAGUGAAAUGUGAUAUGUAGUCAGCUUCAGUCGAAAAUAGAAGCAGAAGGAGCAUUAUGUAAGUAGAAUACUACACAUAUUUGCCAUUUGUAAUGUAUGUAUGGAGAAGGAAAACUGCUUUUAAACCUCCGCUGUCUGGUGGCCAUACUUACUCAUGGGAAAGUCUUCGCGAGUAAACCCCGAGGAAGAAAUCCAGAGCCCGGGUCCCUUAGGCAGUUUGAUGAUGUUUGCAGCUUCACUCUGGCAACUCUGCGAUGACACUGGUGCCAAGUUGUAUCGGCACUUGCCCUUCCCUUGGGUUACAUCAGUGACAUGGAGAGGGGGAACCCACUGCAUGGGCAACAGCCGGUUCUUCAAAUCUUCCGGCCCAGGCUUGCACCCUGGAAAGGACACAACCCACCAGAGGUGCAAACCCAUGAUCUCCUGAGAUCAACGGUUGUCUAUUAUUAUAACAUAUCAAUUGUGCAAGUUAUAGUUUUUUGCACUUUGUCUUUUUAUUCAAAUGCAGUGAACCCAUGUGCAAUAUUAUAGAUUAUAAUUUGAUCAGUCGUCUUUUCUAUGUUUUUAAGGAUUAGAAUAUCUAAAUUUACUUUGAAAAUUUCUGCUUAUUUUAUAAGUAUUUCUACUUUAAUUUGUUUUAUGUACAUAGCCCAGUUACAAAGCUGAUUUGAUAUUUUUAGAUGUAUUUUAUACGAAUUAUUUUGUAAAAUUUACAUUGUUCUUCUUUUCUUCCUAAAAGUAUUUAGAUACAUUAACCAUUUCUAAUGUCUUACUAUCCUACACUAUCGCUUAUGUGAGCCAUGCCAAUGAAUGUGAGCUGGCUGUAACAAUGUAAGGUUUUAAAAUCGAACCGUAAUAUUUGGUGACAGCAACUUUAAAGUACAUCAGUCCUCUAGCGGAUCCUCAUAAAAAUACUAUUCAGUUCAAGUGAGUAAUUAAAACAAAAUGAAAAUUAAGUGUCAUUUGCUUUAUUUUUAUUGUCAGAAGAGUGAAAACCAUAGAACCAUAGAACAUUACCGCACAGAAACAGGCCUUUUGGCCCUUCUUGGCUGUGCCGAACCAUUUUUCUGCCUAGUCUCACUGACCUGCACCUGGGUAAUAUCCCUUCAAACCCCUCUCAUCCAUAUACCUGUCCAAGUUUUUCUUAAAUGUCAAAAGUGAGCCCGUAUUCACUACUUCAUCUGGCAGCUCAUUCCACACUCCCAUUACUCUCUGCGUGAAGAAACCCCCCCAAUGUUCCCUUUAAACUUUUCCCCCUUCACCCUUAACCCAUAGCCUCUGGAUUUUUUUUCUCCCCUGGCCUCAGUGGAAAAAGCCUGCUUGCAUUCACUCUAUCUAUACCCAUCAUAAUUUUACACACCUCUAUCAAAUCUCCCCUCAUUCUCCUAUGCUCCAGGGAAUAAAGUCCUAACCUAUUCAACUUUUCUCUGUAACUCUGUUUCUCAAGACCCGGCAACAUCCUUGUAAACCUUCUCUGCACUCUUUCAACCUUAUUAAUAUCUUCCUGUAAUUAGGUGACCAAAAGCUGUGGGAUUUUAAAAAAUUGUUUUGUAAAGUGAUUAGCAAUGUUACUGACCUAAUUUGGGAAAUAAAUUUAACCUUUGACUUC